CGCGCGAUCACUAUGAUCAGUCGUGUUCGGCGCCUAGCUGAAUGCUGCUGUUUGUUAAGCGUUGUUGUCACCGAUUUAUUGUGAUUUUGACCCCCUCGCAUCCCUGUCGCUAGUGUAGAAAUCACCGAAACGCAAAAGAAACAGAAAAACCCUAAUAAUCGGAGUUUUGCCGAAAUAGUGCGUGAUAAUUUUUUUAUCAAGCAACAACUAGACCAGAAACGGAGCAAUCAUUUAUCUAGUCUUAUUAGCAAAUUAAGGAUAUGAUUCAAAUCCUAGCAAACUACCUCUUACGUAACAGUUCAACAUCGACUAGCGAAGGGGUCGACAACAAUAGUAGCGAAGGCGGCAACAGCAGCAGCAGUCGAGUAGCACUGAGAACGACCGAACAUGACGACGGGUGGACGCUGGUCGACAGGGAUUCCGAAGGUAAUUCGGACGUUUCGUCAUCUGAGGAGGAAGACGAAGCGACCAACGAACCACGGAAGAAAACGGGAGUGACGCGGGCGAGCUCUGUCGAAUCCCUGAGAGGAACGGGAGGUAUGGAAGAAUCGUGGUUUGUUACGCCUCCGCCUUCUUUCACUUCUGCAGGCCCGAUCCAUAUGGAAACGUCGCCUCUCGAGAACCUUCUGAUCGAGCACCCGAGCAUGAGCGUCUAUCAGCACACGGGCGGCAGACGACCACCAUUUCGUCACAACCGUCCCUCCACCCCUUCCGAGAUGGCGGCGACCGACAUGGAGGAUAACCUCGAGGAGGAGAUAGUCGGCGAAGAGCACGGCGACGCUAUCGUGAUGAUCCGCAGAAUACCACCUCCUCGUUGCAACCGAUUGCAAGCGCUGCAUUUGCACGAAGCGCAAUUCGCGAAAAGUCGAAGAGCUCAAAAGAUGCAAAUAAAAAAGUCGUCCCAAUCGACUUCUCGCGGCUACCUGAAUCGUACAAACAAGGCUCGUGAGGCAAACGGGCGUAGCUGGAAACCUAGACGCAAGGAACGUUCCCAAGGGUCUGCUCGCUCCAAUGCCAACAACAAUCGCAAGUGCUAAACGCAUACACCGAUCUCAAAAACGGACGCGGACGAUGAAGAAGUACGAUUAGAAAUGUAAACCUUAUCCACAACAUUAACAGUAGGUUAUUAGUUCACUCGAAACUUUAUCGUUAUUCGGUAUUUUUAUUCGUAAGACGAGGAGAAUAUUUGAUAAAAAAAUCUUUGUCCGAUCAAACAUUUGCAAUAUAUGAUGUACUUUCUGAAGAAUGAUGCAGGGAAUGUAUUUGGUAGGUGGCAGCGCCAAUAUCCAUGUAGAGUUGAGGUGGAAUUCUAUCAAAAUUUCAAUUUUUUUUUUCGGCCAUCAAACUGGCCACCAGCUAGCUACACGACAGUGACGUGACGUCUAAUAAGUCCGUAAGUGCCCAUAUUCAGUCGCGCCAAAAAAAUUAAACAAGAUAAAUAAGAACUACAACGCUGUGGAUUUUCGUCAAGUAAAAGCUACCUCAGUUCAAUUUUUAAAAAAUUAAAGAAGAUGAAAGCACAGCACCAGCAUUUAGCAAUAAAUCUUUAUCAAAAGAUAAGAUACCCACAACAAUUGACCUGGACUUGUAAUUAUUAAGGCCCAACCUCUCACCCAAAUUCGAAGUAUUUGUCUAUUUUAUUUAGUAGCGUUAAUUCAUAAUAUUGCCAUUGUCCCUUCUUGCCAUCUAUGAAAUGUCAAAAUGUUUUUCUUUGGCUAGUUGUAUUUAAAUAGGUGUCUCUUAUCCUGGUCGUAAGCUGCUUGAAAGUAGCCCAAAUCUUUGCUCCAUAUUCGUUAUUGUUUUUUGUUCCUUUAACAAAUCAGGUAAUUGUUUGAUGGAAAUAGAACCUUAACAUAGAAUGAUGAAGAUAAUUAACCGCCGGGUCGUGUGAAUUCAAUAAAAAAAAGGAAAUAGCAGAACAACAACUAACCAAAGUGGGUUCGCUUUUACCGGACUCCACAGUGCUGGUAUAAUAUCUAAAUUCUCAGACUCAUAGAACCCAUUUGAUUACUUUUUCAAUCGGGGUCCUCUUAAUCAGUUUCCCAAGGUCGUAAAUAAUAAUUUUUCUAAAAUAUCCCUUUUUGGAGCUCAGAUGGACGACGCCCAUUGAAUUUUUUUGUUAAUAGGAAACAGUGCUGAGAAGCACAACGAUUAUUUAGAGUAAUUUUCCUUUAUGCAUUCAUUUUUUUCCCGGUUCCUAAUGCUACAGUGAUAAUCAAAUAUUGAUUGCGGAUUGCUCCCGGUUUAGGUAUAUUGAAAACUGCUAAUCGUACAAAAAUUACUUCUGGGGAACUUUAUUUCAGCCUUUGAUUGCGGAUUCCCUUCAAAAAUCCCGCAUGCAUAGUUGCAAAAAAAACACCAACAAAUCAGCAAAAGACCAACCAAUCAUGAAAAUCAUGAAAAUCCCUAGUUGCCUGCCCUCUGGCGUUCCACCGUAAAAUUAAUAAACAGGUUAGAUGGCGCUAUUCAAAAGUUAGUUUAAAAUUUAUACUACAUGUUUAAGAAUUCUAAUUUAUGCAUCAUCUGGGUAUAAACGGAUUGCCGAUUAUUGUUUGUUCCACCACUUAGGACUUUGGCGGUUAAUAAGUACUUCCUGCAAUUCUUCAUGAAAUUUCUUUCUUUUGUACAUGUAAGCCUUGUGGAUAUUGAUUACGUCACGUUUAAAGAUUUUGAAACCAAUUUCUCAGCGUAGGUGUAAUUCUAUUUAUUGUAAUUACUGCAAUUCGGUAUAAUCACAUUACUGCCCGGGGCAUUAGGGAAACUUCAUUGGAUUCGAGUGGCCAGUUUUAUUUUGUGUAUUUCCAUUUUCUUUUACAUGUUUUCUGUACAUUUCGUAAAGUAAUGUGAUUGUUGUACAUACAGAAGAUUAAACAGUAUAUAUUUUUUAUUGUGUUAUUUUAUAUUCGAAAAAAUUAAAUUAUUUUUAUUAGACUCUUAUAGGAUUCGGUAAAAGUAUCUGUCGAGGAAAAUCUUUUGCAUAACGUUUGGGAAAGACAUCUUCUGCGAAUGUGGUAUCGGAAAUUGUAGCUGCGUUACUUCACGAAAAUUUAAUUUAGUGUGUUUCAGGUAAUUCAAAAUUUUUCUCCUUUAUAUGAUUAUUACCCAACCGCCACUACGCUUUAAAACUAACAUCCCUGUUUAGUUUCUCUUUGCCUGAAUUUCGAUACGGCUUAUAAAUUUUUUGGUGCAAAAAACAAUAAAAAAAUCAAAUAUGGUUUACGAAUUUUAAAUGUGUUACUUUGAACGAAGUGAAGUAUUAGCAUUUGGAUUCCGUGCUGAAUUGAAUAAGAACAGAAGUCCUUUGGCCAUUAUCUGAUGAAACUGUGAUAAAAUAAUUUUUAAUAGUUUAAAACAAUCGACAAAAUGCAUAAAAUUUUCCUAAAUGUGAACCCGUUUAGAAUAGAAAUUUAUUGUCGGUGUAAAAUUCGCGGGACUGACGGGAUUAUUUUUAUAAACCUCGAAAAUUUACGCAGACAAUAAAAUCAUUUAAUUUCUCUCUCAUUUGGGGUAAUUACAUCGCCCUUUUAUGAUAAAAAAUUGUAAAAACCAAAAAGGUACAAAAUAAUUUUAUUUUUUAGAUAAUCAUUGUAUAAUAGUAAGUCAAUUGAGAAAUAUAGUGUUGAUGAUUUUGCAUGGCGUUCAGAUAAAAUCAUCGACAAUUUUCUAAGGUUAUGUUCAUUUUUCAUUUUAGGUAUUUAAAUUGUGGGGUCGACUUAUAUUCACGCGUUAGAAUACCUAUCAUUAAGAAACACAUUUGUCAUUUAACUCAUAUUAAAAGUACACUAGGUAAAUUAAAAUAAAUCAUAAAUAUAAAAAGUGUCUUGGUAAUUUUACCGAGAGUAAACAAAAAAAUUCAAAAUGUGGUUUCUUUUCAAUGCAGCUACAAUGUAGCUAUUAGUUUUUUUUAAGUAACAGAAUUUAUCUCAUAAAUGGCUAAAAACGUUUAAAUAAUAUUGGCUUUUCCCAAAAAUAUUAAUGCACAUAAUUGCUUUUUUACAACAUAUUUAAAAAAAAGCACACUUUCGAGUAUUAACAAACCAAAUAUUUUUUGGGAGAAUUGUUGUGAAAUUUAUUGUUGUUGAAUGAAUAUGUGAUUGAGUUAAUGUAUUUUGGCCAUUGACCUAUCACUAGUGUGCUUGUUCAUAGUAAGUGUAAGGCAAAGUUGUGUGCACCUUUUAUGUUAAAAAAACAAUACCAAUUGUAUGCAUUUUUGUAGUGAGAAAACUGGAAAAAAGAAUUAAAAAUAUAAGUAGUGUGCGCGAUUUGAUAGAAUAUAAUGAAUAUGUAAUUACGUGGUAUUUACGAAAUAUUGGUAUGAUAAGAAUGAAUAUGUGAAAAUGUUAUAAAAAUAAUAAAAAAAUAAAAAUUGAUUUCGUUGCA